CCUGAUCCAGCUCAAUAGCACCAGGGGUGGAAAUUAAACUGCAGGAAGGGCUGACAUGGAAGUCCCAGGUGUUGCCCCAGAGCUUGCCUACACCCUUCUGGAACAGCCCCCAUCCCGGGAACUUGCUGUCCAUAAAUCCUGUCCAGGAAGGCUUCCAGGGAUGCUGGAAGGGAAGCCACUGAGGUGCCACCCCAGACCCAGUGGCUGGUGUCCUAUGAGGGUGGGAUACAGCCCCCAAACCCUUCAGCACCUCCCAAUCCAUCCAUAUCCCAGCAGGAAGCUGGAGCCAAGCAGCUUCCUGGAGCCAAGCACCAUCCCAGAUUUGGGAUUCAGGGUGCUCCCAGCUGGGAGGGGGCGCACCACCCACCCAUCACCCCAGGACAGGGACCCCUCUGUCCCCUCCCCACCGCCCAUCCCAAGCCGGUUGCUCCUGUCCCAGCCCCGCCAUCGGAUUUCUGUCUCCCCGGGGAGGAGGUCGGGGUUCAGCUGCACCCCAAGUGGAAAAUGUGGCCCCCCCACAUCCUCCAGCUCUUUGCUGAGCGAGAGGCCCCGCACAAAGGAGCCGCAACAACGGAGGAAAUCCCAAAAUAGCAGCAAAACCCCGACAAAGGGCACUGGGCGAGGCGCGGGCUGCGAGCGGAGCGGGCACGGGGGGUGCCCCAGCCCCACUCCUGCUCUGGGUGCCGGGGGGGCUGGGAUGGAGGUGAUGAUGGGAUUCUGGCAUGGACAGGCCUGGAGGGAUUGAUGAAUUGGGGGGGGUCCUGAUGCUCUGGAGGGGUCCCAAAAUUCAGGGGGUAUGGAUGUACUGGGUGGGAUCCCAAUGUGGUGCAGAGGGGUUAGCAACGUCCUGAGGGUGCUGAUUCCCGGGAGGGCACCAGUUCCCUGGGGAUAACAAAGCCCUGGAAGGUACCAAAGCCCUGGGGGGCACCAAUUCCCUGGGGAUACCAACAGCCUGGGGGCACCAGCUCCCUGGGGAUAUCAGUGCCCUUGGAGCAUGACAACCCAUCCAAGGUGGCACCUCCAUCCCCACACAGCCACAUCAGUGCCAGCCAUUUCUCCGAGCUGCUCCUGCCCAGAAAAUCCCCCUUUUCCUCAUCAUUAUGAUCCCAGCAGCUUGCCGACAGCUGACAAGCCCCUUCCUGCUCACUCCAAAGGCAGAUCCUGCUUUUUAAAAGGCUCCUCACGGCUGGCAGCGUUGUCAGCACUUCCCAGCGCUCCCCAGACUCCCCCCGGGAAGGGAUUCCAAUCAUCCCGAGCUGCCACGGCAUGCUCAGGAUGCUGAGCUGACUCGCAGCGCCCGAGGCAAGGCAGAUGCUCAAUCUGAAGCCAAAUCCUGCCCCUGGGAUCUCAUGGCCUCCAGAGGCAGUCACGGCUGUGAGGGAAGGGCUGGACCCCAAGCACCCCAUAUCCAUGGGGGGCACAUACCCCUGGAUAACAGGAUCCUUCCUAGAGGCACAGAGUCCUGGGAUGUUUGAGGUGAUCCCAAAUUUCACGUUGAUUUUUGGGGGAUUGCAGCUUGCGGACACUCCACUGAAUCCUGAGAGCAGGCCUGGGAAUUGCACCCCUUUUCCAGGGAAUUUUCAAAGCCAAAGUGGGUGGUGGGCAGCUCCCGGACCCCCAUGUGGGAUAUUCCAAUGGGGCCUGCUUCCAUCAGGAUCAGCAGAAUUGCUGGGAUAACUGGGAUGGGAAUGAGUGAUGGCUACAGGGAGCACCCAGAUGCUGAGAUCCUACUCCAGGGCUGGGGACUGGAGCAUCCACAGAUGCUGGAGCAGGAUGGGAUGGGAAGUUCCAUUCAUCUCGCCUUCCAGCAAGAAUACCAUGGAGUCAAUGGAAAACAGCUGCCUCAUUAGCAUGCCUGACCUGGAUUCACAGCAUUUAAUUAGGGCACAAUCAAUUAAUGCCUCUGCCCUGGCUGGGUCCAGGCCCACGUGCCCUUGCAGGAGUGUAGGGUGUCCCUGGAAUGCCAGAACCUGGGAUGUGCCUGGAUAAAAUCUUCCCCCAUCCUAUUCCUGGGGGUAAUCACAGGGUUUUAAGGGAUGUCAGGAUGGACAUUGACUCCUCUGUAAGCCUGGGGGGCUCGGAGACCCCCAAAUCUCCCUCGGCACUGGAUAUAUUCACUGCCUCCCUCACCAGAGCAGCAGAGACCCGGGGAUUUGGCGGGGGCUGAACCCCACACGUUUCUCACCCCUUUCCUCUCGUGCUUGGCGGGACCCAGGGAGGCAACAGAGUCUUCAAACGGGCCCAGAGGUGACGUCAAAAAACCACAGAGGGAGGAAAAACAGCCGGUUCCUGUCCGGGCCCCCUCCCUCGCCUGCUCUGGGUCGGGCAGCGGAGGCGGCGGAGCCCCCGGAGCCUCCCGUGCCCCCAUGGCACCAGCAGAGCCCAUGGCAACCUGGCUGCCCAUCCUGUGCCUCCUGCUGGGAAUGUGGGCCUUCUCUGACCAUGGAGGAGCCACCUGGAUCCCUGGAGAAUCCAUCCUGAGACUCACCAGAGGCGGCUGCCGCUGCAUUGGGAUACUGGAGGUGAACUGGGAAAACCAAUGGAGACCGAUUUGCUGGGAGAGCGUGAGUGUGGGCCACCUGAAGUGGAUUUGCCAGCGGCUGGAGUGCGGCCCCCCAACCUCUGAGCCCUUGGAGCUCAUCAUUCCUGGUGGGAAAGGGCCACAGAGUCAGCCCUCGAGGUGCAGUGAGCCAGCGGGAUGCCACUGGGAGCUGGAAAACUGCACAUGGCAUGUCAUUGUUGCCUGCAGAGAGCCAGUGAAAGCCACUCUCAAGCCCACGCCAGCACCCCCAACCACCACCCCAGAGCCCACGGGACCCCCAAGGCUGCGGCUGGUGGACGGGAAUUUCAGCUGCUCUGGCUUCCUGGAGCUGCACAAGCAGGGGCUGUGGGGGGCUGUGGCAAGCACCCUGCACACCUGGACACAUCUGGUCACCCUCAUCUGCCAGGAAUUGCACUGUGGCACUGCUGGGAGCAGCCACGGCGAGCCGGAUCCAGGGAUCCACCUGCCGGUGCGGUGGGAGGCGAUGGAUUCCUGCGGGAGCCGUUCCCUGCUGGACUGCUUCAACAGGACCAGCUCCCGGGGGAAAAGGCCCGCCUUCAUCACCUGCUCAGAUUCCCAGCCGCGGGCCCUGCGGAGGCUGGCAGCCGGCCCCACUCCCUGCGAAGGGGACAUCCAGGUGUUCCAUGCAGGACAGUGGUGGGAUCUGUGUGAAUCCAGAGCAGCGCAGCGAGACAAGCAUGGCCAGCAGAUCUGCCAGGAGUUGGGCUGCGGCAAUCUCACUUCCAGCACGGAAAUCCAGGAGCCUCCCUCGACAGGAGUCACCUGUGGGCUUGAACCCCUGCACCUCUGCCAGCCCAAAUUUGGCAACAUCCGGACCUGCUCCCGGACCAGAGUUGUGUGCCAGGACUCAAAGCCACUUCCCACUGGAACAUCUGCUGGAACCGUUGUGAGCAUCUGCCUGGCCCUGCUGCUUUUCCUCAUCCUUUUCCUGAUCUGCGGCCCUCCUGCCUAUCGGAAGCUGAUGAAGAGAAUCUCCAAGAAGAAGCAGCGCCAGUGGAUUGGUCCCACGGGACUCAACCAGACAGUGUCUUUCCACCGCUCCAGCACUGCUCCGAGGCCUCGGGGACAGGGAGGGGACAACGACUAUGCUCAGCCCCCCAAAAGGAGCUCCCAGCUCUCCGCUUACCCAGCUCUGGAAGCAGCGUGCCGGCGUUCCAACCCUCCGGAUAACUCCUCAGACAGUGACUAUGACCUGCACUCUGCCCGCAGGGUGUGAUUCCCUGCUUCCCAAAGGAGCUGAUCCCACCUCCCACCUCAGCUUUGGGGGCAUCCCAGCACCCUUCCAGGAGCACUUCCCAGCCUCCUCAUGGAAGAAAAGGAGGUUUUUGUGAUUUUUUAAAAAGCUAUUUAUAGGAAUGUAAGAGGUAGGGGGUGUAAGGAGCCUUUUGGAAUAGUGGGAUCACCAGCUUCUCCAAACCAGGAUAGAGUCGGGAUGAUGGAUAAGGGAUAGGGAUGCAAGGAUGGGAAUACUGAGAAUGAGUCUGAGAUAUUUAAUAACAAAUACCUGUAAUAAAAUUGGGGUUUUGUACUAA